AUGGCCUCAUCGUCUCCGUCCACAAAACAGCUGCGUGUCUUGUGUUUCCAUGGCAUCCACACGAAUCGUCAAGUGAUGGAGAUCCAGACUCGGGGUCUCCGUGAGGCACUGGGCCCAACCACGGAGUUCGUUUACCUCAAUGGCUCGUUUGAAGCUCGUGGACCGCCGAGCCCGAAAAUCGAGAAACUAUUUGGCCACUUGGCGCCCUUUUUUGAGUGGUGGCGAACGGAAGACUUGGAAAAAGAGGACAUGGAAGCUACGAUCGGUGGCCCACAGGGUCUCACCAAGCGCUGGUGCUAUCGAUUCGAGGGCGUCGAUCAAGCGAUUGAAAACGUGGACAAAAAGCUCCAGGAAUUGGGCGAGUUUGACUUGGCCGUCGGGUUCUCGCAAGGGGCGAUCAUGCUCACCAUCUUGUCCAUGUACUAUUACCGCGAAACGACGCCGGCCAAACAGAGGUGGAAACUUGCACUCUGUGUGUGUGGCGUGUACCCCCAAGGGAUUAACGUGCGGGGGCUGUUCGAGACGCACGACGGCAAGCCGAUGCUGGUGCCAGUUCCGUCGAUCCACGUGGUUGGCCAGAAGGAUAGUUUGUACAAAGAGUCGUUGGGACUGAAAGACAUGUACACGCCACAUGCCCGUGGGAGUCCGCUCGAGCGACUGCUGCUGGAGCACGAUGGGGGCCACAAGUUUCCGUCUCCAGAACGGCACAAAGCGUUUUAUGCUCACCUGGCAGCUACGAUUUGGCAGUUUUUCACCGACGUACAUCAGAGCGCUGUGGGGAGACUGUGA